UGCAGUGAUAGUGGGAGGAGGUGAAAGCCUGUGUUAGGGGUGAAAGCUCGUUUAAAAGUGUUGCUGGAUACAGAGACAGAUGUAACUCAGGGCUGCUGCAUCCAACUGCGCGCGCGUAACACCACAGAAUACUUUCACUGCAGAACAAAACAGCAAAGUUUGAAAGGUCAAUUUGAAAGCAUAGUCAUGGUGAUCUCUUCUGCAUUGCAUAUCUUACUCGGUCUGAUGAUCCUGCUAAUCUCGGUUGAAGCCCAGCAACCAAAGAUUCAGCUCCGCCUGGCCGGAAACAAGCGCAAGAAUAACGAGGGCCGCGUGGAGGUCUUCUACAACAAUGAAUGGGGAACUGUCUGUGAUGAUGACUUCUCAAUCGAAGCCGCUCAUGUUGUGUGCAGGGAGCUUGGCUUCAUUGGCGCUAUGUCUUGGUUACCAUCUGCCAAGCUUGGACAAGGAGAAGGUCGCAUUUGGCUGGACAAUGUCCAUUGCACAGGAAGAGAGAAGUCUUUAGCUGAUUGUCCCUCCAAUGGGUUUGGGGUGUCGGACUGCAGGCACACCGAGGAUGUAGGGGUGGUGUGCAAUCAUAAGCGAAUCCCAGGCCACAGAUUCAUCAACACGAUGAGCAAUGAUGUUGAGACCAUUGAAGAAAGGGUAGAAGAAAUCCGUAUGCGACCCAUAUCGUCCCACCUUAAGCGGAUCCCCGUCACGGAGGGGUACGUGGAGGUGAAGGAACGAGGAAAGUGGAGGCAGAUCUGUGAUGAACAGUGGACACCAAUGAACAGCCGAGUUGUCUGUGGGAUGUACGGAUUCCCCGGAGAGAAGAAAUACAGCAACAAAAUCUACAAAUCCAUUUCCAUGCGGAGGAAAAAAAACUACUGGGGUUUUUCUGUGAACUGUACAGGAAAUGAAGCCCAACUGUCGAGCUGUAAGUUGGGCAAACCCCUGGGGCCAAAGAGAAAUGACACCUGUGGACGUGGUCUACCUGUGGUAGUGAGCUGUGUGCCUGGAAGAGCUUUUGCCCCCUCGUCCUCUGUUGGUUUCCGAAAGGCCUACAGACCGGCGGAACCCUUGGUGCGUUUGCGAGGAGGUGCGAACACCGGUGAGGGGAGAGUGGAGGUACUGAAGAAUGGAGUCUGGGGGACGGUGUGUGAUGAUAACUGGAACCUGAAGGCCGCCACUGUUGUGUGUCGAGAGCUGGGAUAUGGCAGCGCCAAAGAGGCUUUUACUGGAGCGAAGUUAGGACAAGGCAUGGGUCCGGUCCAUAUGAACGAAGUGGAGUGCUCUGGAUUCGAGAAGUCACUCACUGACUGCUAUUUCAAUAAUGAUGCGCUGGGCUGCAGCCAUGAGGAAGAUGCUGGUGUACGCUGCAAUAUUCCUGCCAUGGGUUUCCAGAACAGGAUUCGUCUGAGCGGAGGAAGAAACCCAUAUGAGGGGCGUGUGGAGGUUCUAGCUGAGAAGAAUGGUUCCCCGGCGUGGGGAACUGUGUGCAGUGAAAAUUGGGGUAUCAUAGAGGCGAUGGUGGUCUGCAGACAACUGGGAUUAGGCUUUGCCAGCCACGCAUUUCAGGAGACAUGGUACUGGGCUGGAGAUAGCAGUGCUGAUAACGUAGUGAUGAGUGGAGUGAGAUGUUCAGGCACAGAGAUGAGUCUCACUCAAUGUCUCCAUCAUGGGAGACAUGUCGAAUGCCCAAAAGGAGGUGGACGCUUCGCUGCUGGAGUCUCAUGCGCAGAGACGGCCCCUGACCUGGUGCUAAACGCUCAGCUGGUGGAGCAGACCACCUAUCUGGAGGACAGGCCCAUGUAUGCUCUGGAGUGUGCCCUCGAGGAGAACUGUCUCUCCAGCACGGCAAAGAAAGGCGACCACAGCGCGUACCGCCGCCUGUUCCGCUUCUCCUCGCAGAUCCACAACGUCGGCCAAUCCGACUUCAGACCCAAACUGGGAUACCAUGCCUGGACCUGGCACGAGUGUCACAGGCAUUAUCACAGUAUGGAGGUCUUCACACACUAUGAUCUUCUCAGUUUAAAUGGUACCAAAGUGGCAGAAGGUCACAAAGCCAGCUUUUGUUUGGAGGACACACAAUGUGACGAGGGUAUUCACAAACGAUAUCUCUGUGCCAACUUUGGUGAACAGGGAAUCACAGUCGGCUGCUGGGACACCUACAGACACGACAUUGACUGUCAGUGGGUCGAUAUCACAGAUGUGAAACCAGGAGAUUACAUCUUCCAGGUUGUUAUCAAUCCUAACUAUGAUGUAGCAGAGUCAGAUUACACCAACAAUGUUAUGAAGUGCAAUUGUCGCUAUGAUGGACACAGAAUAUGGACUUAUAACUGCCAAAUAGGUGGCUCACGGAGUUCAGACAUGGCUGAAUAUCCAGGAAUGAGCAACCAGUUGUACCAUAGAUAGAGACCGGAAAACCAAAAUCUCUCAAGUGGAGGAUGCUGUAAACUGUCAAUCAUGACUCGUGAUUCAUAUAAAACUGACCACUAGAGAGACUCCAGCACUUCAAGGGCAGACACUGACUUCUGCUCUGUUGAUCGACCUCCAUGUGUAGACGUUUAGCUUCUUAUAUCAAGCUUGCAAGCUUUUGAACAAAAAGUAUUUAAAUUCAAUUGUACUGUACUGUUGCUUUUCGAUAGAUAGAUAGGUUAUGUAACGGUAACACAAACUGGGAUAUUUUUCACGUGUUUUACUAUAUUAUAAGUUGCAUAAACAAUACUGUUACUUCUACAUUUCGAUACAGCUCUCUCUGACACUUUAGUGGUUAAUUCAUCAAGCAUGUCAAAUUAUUUAUUACAUUCAGUCAGGGAUUAUGAUAUUUUGUUAUGCAUAUGCAAUGUGAAACUGUGAGAAUUUGAUGGGUAUUUGUAAAGCGCCUUUAAAAAAAAGCUCCCUCCGUUUUAUGAGGGUAUAUAUGACCAGUUCAAUGGUUUUAACAUAUACCGUGUGUUUAUGGCUGAGUAGAACAACAAUCAUUGUGAAACCAUUGCAUUGUUUUCUGUAAUAAAAAGAAUGGCGUAAGCAAUGUAUGAGUUUUCAUAUCUAAAUGUAUGACCUGUGCCAGGUGAAAUAAAGUGCACUAAAAUACA